GGACGGCUUCCGGGAUGUGGCGGGGCCUUUGUCUCUCACUGCAGCCUGAGCUCCAGGUCUUACCUUCAUUGCUCUGUGUCCUCUGCUCCUAGAGGCCCGGCUCUGUGACCCUGUGACCUGCAGGUAUUGGGAGACCCACAGCUAAGACACCGGGACCCCCUGAAAGCCUAGAAAUGGAAGACCUGAGGUCUGGAGUGUAUCCUCUCAAGGGAGCAAGUGGAUGCCCUGCGGCUGAGAGGAAUCUUCUGGUGUACUCUUAUUUUGAAAAGGAGACAUUGACAUUUAGGGAUGUGGCCAUAGAAUUCUCUCUGGAGGAGUGGGAAUGCCUGAACCCUGCUCAGCAGAAUUUAUAUAUGAAUGUGAUGUUAGAGAACUACAAAAACCUGGUCUUCUUGGGUAUUGCUGUCUCUAAGCAAGACCCAGUCACCUGUCUGGAGCAAGAAAAAGAGCCCUGGAAUAUGAAGAGACAUGAGAUGGUGGAUGACCCCCCAGGUAGGUGA